UGAAAGUUGGCUGUGCAUAAAAUUUAAAUGAAUUGUCGAUUUUUUUUAAACAUAUUUUGACUAUUGGCUAAAUUAAUAGUAAAAACAAAAACAUUGCAAUGGCUUCCGAAGGAAUCGAUGAUUGGGAUGCGCCCUUACCUUCUUCAUCUACCAUUGAACCUGAAGAAGAGGAGAUAAUAUUGGAGGACAAAAAAAAGGAACUGAAAAAUAUGGAAAAGCUAAAAAUUUAUGUGGCACGCAUGGCGUAUAAGCCAGCGCCGCCACCUUGCGUUAGACCUCGUACCGAUCAAAUAGCAGGUCCACAAAAACGCAGCAUCGUCGACAGUUAUCUUGAGCAUGGCAAAGUUUUAACGCCUAAAGAACGACGUCAGCGUGUCAAAAGACUGGCUCGCAAAUAUAAUGCGAUAUCAACUGAACAAUUAGAACAAAUUAUAAAGAGUCAAAAAAGCAAAGAACGCAGACGUGAAGAUCUUUACAAACGCAAACAAGAACUUUACUAUGAGAUGCUCACCAAACUGGAGCGUCAGUGUCGCACGCAGUAUCUCAAUGUCUUGAAGAAGUUUUCGAACUUCAUAGCGAAACUCGCUACCACAAUGCAAAUACCGCCACAAUUGGUUGAGCCAUAUUCACGUAUGCAACGUGGCAUAUUCUGCAACAUUCUACUGGCGAUCGGAGUACAACCUACCAAUCAGAAUGCUAUUUAUUACACCACGCCCGAAGCGAUGGAAUACGAAGUAUGCCACAAGUUGGCACAUGCUUUGCUCAGUCUUAUCAUUAAAGCGCUCGAUUCAGCGUCCACUAAAAAUCCAGAUGAAAUUGUACCUCAAGAGGCAGACUUUGAAAUGGACCGCUAUAUUAAGGACCGUUUAAUGUGCGCUGCCGAAAAGAAAAUAUUAAGCACACGCAAUCAAGCUCACCAGAAACAGUUGAAUUCCUCAAACUCAUUGGCAGCUAUGCUGAAGAAAUGUGAAAAUUUCAGUGUAAAAACGUGCAUAUAG